AUGACUUUGGAAGACUUUGAAAAGUCCUUGGCCGAGGGAAAAGACCGACGACACGAAAGAAGCGAUCGAGAGCGACGUCAUCGGGACGACCGCGACCGCGACCGCAGCAAAGACCGCUCAAGGCACCAUCGCUCUCACCGUUCUACUCACCAUCGGCGCCAUUCGUCAAGAUCACGAGAACGUGGCAGCGAUCGAAACCGGGAGACGCGUCACCACGACGAUGAUGGCCACCGACACAAGCGUUCGCGUCACUCUACCGACCAAGGCGACGAGCACGAUCAUAAGCGUCGACACCGAACCACGGAGAAAGGAGAGCCCUCUGCUGUGAAAUCAGUGACACAGGAGGAGCCCAGUAACUUGAAGCGUGAUUCAUGGAUGGAAGCUCCUUCCGCCCUUGACGUUGAAUACGUUCAUCGGCCAGACCAUUCGCAAAAGGAGGCGGACAAACCGAAAAUGCUCUCGGCGGACUAUGAGUUAAAGAUUCACAACAAGGAGAUGAACCAGCAUUUGCGAGAUAUCGCAGAUGGAAAGGCCGUUGAGGAUAUUGAGGACGAGCCUGCCCAGCAUGAGGUCGACUACACGUUUGGAGACUCGGGCUCACAGUGGAGGAUGACGAAGCUUAAAGGAGUUUACAGAGAGGCAGAGGAAAGCGGACGACCUGUAGACGAGAUUGCUGCCGAGCGAUUUGGUGAUCUAAGGUCGUUCGAUGACGCCCGGGAAGAGGAAACCGAGGUGGAACGUCGCAAAACAUACGGCAAAUCUUACGUUGGCAAAGACAAGCCCAGCGGGGAGCUGUUCCAAGAGCGCAAGCUUCGAAACGAUGCCAAACGAGAGCAUGUCACUAAUCCCGAGCAAGAGCUCCAAGCCGAGGGUCAAGGCAAGAAAAUGGAUGAUGUUCCUCCAAAUACCGCCAAGCCUCUGGAUAUGACAGCAUUGAAUCGCAUGAAGGCUCAAAUGAUGAAGGCGAAGCUCAAGGGUGGCCCAGAAGCUACCGAACUUGAAGAAAAAUACAAUGCCGCAGUUGCGGCGAUGUCGAAUCGCAAAGAAUCUGAUGUUGUCGUUCUUGGGGUGAUGGACAACCGAAUGUUGGCAGGCUCAAGAAAUGAGGUCAAGUCGAUUGAUACCAAGAGGGGUCGUGAAAGAGGUCAAGUGGAAGCAAAUGAAGACAUGAGCAUCGAGGAUAUGGUUCGUGAAGAGCGCAAGACCCGUGGUCAACCUGGCGGAGAAGGACAACGGUUGGCAGAGCGAAUUGGCCGUGAUGCUAAGUUUGAGAAUGACUUGGAGUAUAUGGACGACAAUGCGUCCAAGCUUGCCAAACGGAUGCAUCGAUCUGAAAUCGACCUUAAAAACACGACCAUUAACGAUUUCCACAAGAUGAAUCGGAUUUUAGACAAUUGCCCACUUUGUCACAAUGAAGAUAAAGGCACGCCUCCAGUCGCCCCAGUGGUGUCCCUAGCAACAAGAGUCUUCCUCACGCUACCCACCGAGCCCGAAGUCAGCGAAGGUGGUGCUACCAUCGUGCCAAUUCAACACCGCACCAACCUGAUGGAGUGUGAUGACGAUGAGUGGGAAGAAAUCCGCAACUUCAUGAAAAGUCUGACGCGCAUGUACCACGACCAAGGUCGCGAUGUAAUCUUCUACGAGAACGCAGCCCAACCACAACGCAAACGACACGCAUCUAUGGAAGUAGUGCCAUUGCCCUACAGCCUGGGAGAAACAUCUCCCGCUUUCUUCAAGGAGGCAAUCCUCAGUGCAGAGUCAGAAUGGUCGCAGCAUCGCAAGCUCAUUGAUACCUUGGCCAAGUCAAAGCAAGGGAUGGGUCGAUCCGCUUUCCGCCGUACUUUGGUCAAAGAGAUGCCAUAUUUCCAUGUCUGGUUCGAACUAGAUGGUGGCCUGGGACACAUUGUCGAGGACGAAUCUCGCUGGCCUCGCGGUGAUCUUUUUGCUCGUGAAAUCAUCGGUGGUAUGCUGGAUAUUGCGCCGGAUGUUAUCAAGCGACAGGGACGCUGGAACCGUGGUGACCGUCGAGUUGAUGGAUUCCGGAAGCGAUGGAGGAAAUUUGACUGGACUCGAAUUCUAGUUGAAGGAUCUUGA